AAAAACUUAAGUGAGAAUUAAUGUUGACCGUUGAUGAUGUAUUUUUAUAAUAGAUCUGACGGCUGACAUGUAUGCGUGUGAUUAAUUUUGUUGGUUAUUACUUCCCCUAUGUUAGCUUUUUUCCACUUUUACGCUGCACACCUCUUUCUCUCUUCUCCAUUGAAGCAUACUCUGAAUUCUCCAUUGAAGCGGCUUCUUUGCUUUCUUCCAUUGAAGCAGCUUCUAAGGGAACGGAAUUGAUCUAGGGGGAUGGAAACUACUCAAGUAAAUGUUUCUGAUGAGUUUGAGGAGGGUGCUGUGUCUGAUGGCCAUGGCCUUGAUGAUCAAUUAAUUGGAGAACAUACUGCUGUAUCAAGUUUUGAAUUCUGCUCCAAAGAAAUGGUGACAUCCUUUGAGAACAAGAAGCAAAGUAAUCCUGUUAACUUAAAGGAAUUUCCUAUGCAUCUGGGAAUUAGUUGUGAUCCAAGUUUACAAGCUCCAUCUGUUCCUGGUGUGUCAAAGUGUUAUGUAUUCAAGAGCCAAUUACAGGAAUAUGCCCAAAAGGUUGGGCUUCCGACUCCUGAGUAUGAGACAACUAAAGAAGGCCCUUCACAUGAGCCUUCUUUCAGGUCAACUGUGAUCGUGGAUGGUGUCCGAUAUGAAUCACUGCCUGGUUUCUUCAAUCGGAAAGCAGCAGAACAAUCAGCAGCUGAAAUUGCAUUAAUGGAUCUAUCUAAGAGCGGGGGUAAGAAGGAUUCGAUUGCUGUGCCUGUGCAUGAGACAGGUUUAUGCAAGAAUUUGCUCCAAGAAUAUGCACAGAAGAUGAAUUAUGCAAUUCCUACUUACAUAUGCCGGAAGGAUGACACCCCUGGUAAGACGGCUGUCUUUUCUUGUACUGUUGAGAUAGGGGCUAUUCAGUACAUUGGGGCUGCUGCAAGAAAUAAAAAGGAUGCUGAGAUCAAAGCUGCAAGGACUGCCCUGCUUGCAAUUCGGUCAAGUGGUUCUGUUGGAGGUCAGAAACUUGACAACAAACCUCUGUAUACAGUUAUCCCAAGCAAAAGAAAGAUGCAAGAGACAGCUCCUCCACAAAUGGAGACUGUAAAAGUGAAGAAGCCAAAGAAACCCCGUUCUUCAAAGAAAUCACAAAACCGGAUGAAACCUUGUGAUUCUGAUUAUCAAAGUCAUGCUGGGAUCAUGGGUGUUUUGGUCAGUAAUGAUAUCGGUACUCCAACUGCCUUUCAACCAUAUGAAAAUGGUUUAUCUGAUGUCCAAGUACCAAAUCAAGGUCAAAAUUCCAAUUGUUUGGCAAGUUCAGAUCAGGAUAAUUUGCCCAUGAAGAAUUGCCAACUUAAUGGAAAAACAUUUGUUGUCGAAGGUUCUUCUGAUUCUGUAGUCUGUGUGGUUGACUCUAGCCCAACUCAUGAUCACAGAAACUCUGAUGUUGGUAACGACUUGUCCAUGACAAUGGGUCCACCCUCAGUGCAAUCUGACAAUGGUAAAAUUGAUCAGGGUGUUGGCAAAGUCACCGGUGAUGCACUCCAGUAGCUCUACUUUCUAGGCAAGUUGAGUGCAUUGCCUACAAAUUUUGGGAUACUCAGGAAGAUCCAGCAACUGCAGUGGCAGCUAGAAGGCACAUGGGGGAAGGAAACAAAGCUUGCACAAUGUACCUUCUGACCGAUAAUAUCUGUAAGUUUUAUAGUAUGGUUUGAUGAGAUUUUUGUAGGUAGGGAAGGGGGAGUGAGACAUCUAUUUACCCAUGUCUUGAAAGAGGGGUCCAUUGGGGAUUGUAGAAGUAACCCUAGAUACACUAUAAAUUGAGCAUGCCAUUUGUUAUUGGUAUCUAGCAAACAAAUGGAUUAUCUAGAAGUGAGAGCAUACAUAGUUUAGAAUGGUUAGAAGGGCAAUCAUAGAUUUGUAUGUCCGUCUUUAUUUAUUUAUAUUCAACUUCACACCGGUGGCUGUUCAACUGUUCAAGCACAAUGCAGCAAUAGUUGGUUUUGCUUCGACGGCCACAUUAACUGGGUUUGGUUUGGCUGCAGCAAUAGUUGGUUUUGGUUCGACUGCAGCAAUAGUUGGUUUUGGUUCGACUGGCUCAUAGCAUAACUAUCGGAAUUUCUUCUUUAUCCUUUGUUUUCUGGUAGAGGUCCAAUUUCGACUCCCCCGACCAAUGAGAACUGAACCCGGAUCUACCUAUACGGAGAUGUAUACAAAUGUAUUGAGUAUUGGUUUCUCAAGGCAAUAGAGUAGUUGUUUAUUAUUUGACGGCGUGGGAGUUGCUGCGAUAGCGCAGUGUUUUAAGUAUUGAAGUGUUGUUUAUAAUACAGAGUACGAAGACUAGCUUUCGUAUUUCUGCCGACAACAAAAUAUGUACCAAUUAUUAUAAGAUGUAGAGUGGGAAACAGCUACUUGUUUGUAUACGUUAUGUCGUUGAAUUCAUAUUGCAGACUCUAGGAAUUUUUCUUUUAUGA